AUGCCUACGAGAGCAGAAAUCCCUCGAGUACUCUGUAAUGCCUACGAGCAGCGGUGGACCGAUGACCUUCCAGUAUGUCGGCUUUCUGGAGUUGGUUCAGCAACAAACCAGCUCUACCGAGAAGAUGGAAUGCGUCAGGAAGAACACCCUUGUGAAGACCACAGUUUCCAUGUUCGGAUAGACAAUGAUACUUACCUCUAUGCUAUAUUUGAUGGCCAUGAGGGUGGUGAGGCUGCUCAAUUUGCAUUGCAAAGAAUGGCUUAUGAAAUUCUUUUUGGAAAGCUAGAGGGAAAAUCGACAGACGAAGAAAUUAAAGAGGUUCUGAGACAAGCCUUUUUAGCUGUGGAGGAAAGUUACAUGGCUUCUAUUGAUGAUCGCCUUGCUGAGAGAGCUAAACUACAAAUGGACAUUCCAGAUGACUUAUCAGAAUAUGAAGCAUACAAAAAAUACCCUCACCUGGUUGACCGCUUAAAAACAUUGAAUGGUGAACUUUCUUGUGGCACAACUGCUGUGGUUGCUUUGGUGUGUGGAGGACGUCUAUUUGUAGCUAAUGUUGGUGAAUGCCGUGCCUUAUUAUGCCGCACUGAUAAAGACGGUGUGCUCAGGGUCUUGCAGUUGAGUGUGGAUCACAAUCUCUCUAAUGAAGACGAACUCCUCAGACUGCAACAAUUAGGACUUGAUCUAGACAGAAUCAAGCAAGAACACCGUCUUGGAAACCAAGAGAACUCUCGUUGUUUAGGAAAUUAUCUUGUUAAAGGCGGCUACAAAGAAAUAGAGGAACUUGCAUCUGCAAUGUCAGAACCAGUUAUUGCAGAGCCAGAAGUUCAUGGUGGCAUUCCUUUGGACGAAAACUGCAGGUUUUUGAUGUUGAUGUCUGACGGAGUCUACAAAUCCUUAGAAAGUGCAACUAGAACUGAUCAAGUCAACAAGGUACUUGCAGAAAUGGCUGUAGUUGAGUUCCGGAACCAAUCUACACUUACAAGCGUCGCUCAGGGAGUUAUAGACAGGAUUGGAAGAAUUCAUCAUGAUGUUUUUAUGAGUGAUAAUAUGAGUAGAGAGAUUGUGUCCCCUCGUUCAGGUUGCACCAAAGGAAAACGAGAUGAUAUGACACUCCUCAUCAGAAAAUUCAACUUUGACAUACCAAAUGCAGUUAGUCCAACACCAUUCGAAGUACCCAAUUAUGAAAGAGUAGCAAGCAACGGUAGUGCUUCAGAGACUUUGAAUCCUAGUGAGCUCCCCUCUGGCAGCACCUUACAGAAUAGUUUCUCUACUGUAGAUGAAACUUAUAGAGAUACUUCACGAACUAACGACACAAAUACAACUGAGGAUAGCUCAUCCGAUGCUAUGUUUUCUCAAGCUAUUUUUUCUACUCCUGCUCCAAUUUUACCUUAUGUUGACUUUUCAGAGUAUUAUGCAAAUGUGGAACAUGCUCGUCAGGAGGGGACUUUACCAGAGGGAAUCAAUUUUUAGUACUUACACUUACUUGUGUAUAUUUCUGUGAUCUAUAUUUUGCUUUAGCAAUCAAGUCAUUGACAUUUUUAAAAAAUAUAUUUAUUUUAAAAUAUUAAUUUUAAUUUUGGAACUUGAACUUUGUGUGUAAUGCAUGAUUUGUUUUACCUGCCUUGUUAUUUUAAAGGAGCUACUUUUUAAAAUCUUUUAGUUUUACCAAAGCACAAGAGACUAAUGACUUGUGAGUAUGACAUUCUAAUAAAAUGACGCAAUAUUUUAUUUGGAUAGAUACUAUACUACCUAUACUGUUUCUAACUAUGACUUUCUGGCGGCACAAUGUAGACGACUUCAGUCAUUGUGAGUGUUUCAACCUGUGAUGUGCAUUUGAGGAAGUGGUCAAUAAUCAAACAAGAUGUCAA